AUCACAUACUAUACCAUAAACAAAUUCAAACCACUCAAUGAAUUAUUCAUUUAUGUCAUGAAAAAAAUAUGUAUUACAAUUUACAAGUGAGAGCAGGGGUGAAUUUAAGAUACUAGUAUAAGGUGCACCGAACACUCACCUCUACAUAUGUGUUGAAUGAACUCGGUUACUAUUCUUCUGUAUUAUAUGUAUUCAAAUGACCCGGACCAUUGACUAGGCAAGCUCGGGACUAUUCUGCAUCUCAUUAUAAAUAAGAAUUUAGUGAUAUUUAUGUUCAUAUCAUUCAAUAAGCCAUGAACUCCUCCAACACUAACCCACUAAAAACAGAAGAGGAGUUUACACAACUCAAAAAUUCCCUCCCAAAAGAGUUAUGGUUCAAUGGAAAUCCAAUGUACUUGUACCAAGGUUUCUGGAUCCCAAAGUUGGAAUCCUUAAUUGCCUUUCAACACCACUUUCAAGCUCAAGAUAGAGAUAUCUUCAUCACUAGCUCUCGAAAAGCCGGGACAACUUGGCUCAAAGCCCUGAUCUAUGCCAUCUGCAAUCGCGUAAAUCACCCAACUUCCAACAGUCCCUUACUCACCCAUAAUCCCCAUGAGUUAGUCCCUCAAUUAGAGUCCAAUGUUUACUUUAAAUCAAAGAAUCCAAAUCUUAGUGGCCUAAAACCGCCUAGGCUUUUUGGUACCCAUGUCCCAUUUACAUCAUUACCAAAUUCAAUAAAAGACUCAAAAUGCAAAAUCAUAUACAUAUUUCGAAACACAUUUGACACCUUAGUUUCAUCAUGGCUGUUUUACCAAAAUGUUGAUGAUAACAAGACACUUAGGCCUGAUCUAUUUGGUCAAUAUUUUGAUAUGUUUUGUGAAGGGAGGAUUCCAUUUGGUCCUUUUGAGGAUCAUGUUUUGGGGUAUUGGAAACAGAGCUUAGAACAACCAGAUAAGGUUCUUUUCAUCAAGUAUGAAGAUCUGAAGGCGGUCCCAACAACUCUAUUGAAGAAAAUUGCUGAAUUUGUAGGAUACCCAUUUUCCAAAGAAGAAGAGUUAGGUGGUGUAAUUGAUGAUAUUGUGAAGUUGUGCAGCUUACAAAAGCUUAAAGAGGUUGCUGAUUCAAAUAAGAGUGAUAGAGUAUAUGCUUCAUGUUCAAAUGAUAAGUUCUUUAGAAAAGGGGAAGUUGGAGAUUGGGUCAAUCAUGUGAGUACAUCCAUGGUGGAGAAACUAGGCAAGAUCAUGGAGGAAAAGUUAUGCAGUUCUGGAUUAACAAUCUAGUAAUAUUGAGAGUAUUUAGUAUGUAAUUUCUGUUUUUUGAACUAUAAAAUUAUGCAAUUUGUUAUUGUCAUUUGAUUACAUCCAUGGUGGAGAAACUAGGCAAGUAAUUCAUUUAUAAAAACUUUCCUGCAUUAAUUUGUGGAUUUCUGAAUGUAUAUGUACAGCCGUACAGGCACUGUGUUAAAAAAUGGAGAUUAAUGGUGUCAUGGGAGGAGACAAAGAGGUAUAACUGUAUAAGGCAUUAGUGUAGGAUUGGAAUUUUAAGUAACAAAUUUUGUUAGUACAGGCAAGUCGAGAAAAAGGGAAGACUAAAACUAGGUGAGAUGAGAUUCGAUCUCAGAAUCCUAAAAAUGAUUGUAAUUGCUCCAAUAAAAAUCAAACCUAAUUCACAAAAAAUAAAUAAAUGUAGUAAUCAAAAUGUAUUAGGAUCCCUUCAUC